AAAAGUUGUAGAUGGCGUAGCACGCGCGAGUUCCUUGCUCGCUCCUUUUGUGACAUUUUUGCGAAACGUUCAUCACGUUUUCGUGUGAAAACUAAUCUUAAAAUUCACACUAGGGCAUGGUCGAUAAAGUUUUUCAUACGAGAAACCGUGAUUUAAAAUCUCUAAUCGUGGUUAAGUUUUUUCGUGCCAAGUGCAACUAAGCUAUCAAGAUUCCGCCGAUACUUCAAAGCCUACCCAGUGGGUGGCUUAACUUGGGAGCACCGGGUGAGACCGGCGCGUCUGCCAGUGCCGGGCACUCGAUCCCGCAGGCCGCGCGCCCGCGCCCUGCGCCGCGCUGCUGGCGCCGCGCGCUCAACGUCGACCCCCCCUGGCUGCGCCGCACGCCGCGCUGACACACCACGCCGCACACCUGACACUUGUGGACUAGCGCUUGUGGGCCCCCACCGCCCUCCCCCGGCCCCUGACACCGCCGCCGCCGCCGCCGCACAUCGGCGCCCGACUGACCGCGGCCACGAACCGGCACUCAACAGGACUGCUUGCUAAACUAUACGCCAAACGAUUACUGGGAAGAUGAAGGUGAUUGAGGAGGAACCGCGCAUCCGCGUGAUGGAGGGCGAGUGGAGCGUCGAGGGAGCAGCCCGGGAGAUCGUGGAGGGCGGCGCCCAGGAGGACCCCUUCUACAUCAUGGACCUGGGCGAGGUGGCGGCCCGCUACCAGCGCUGGAGGGAGCUCAUGCCGCGGGUCGAGCCCUUCUACGCGGUGAAAUGCAACGACGACAAGGUGCUGGUGCGCACGCUGGCCGCGCUCGGCGCCGGCUUCGACUGCGCGUCGCGCAACGAGAUCGAGCUCAUUACCGGCCUGGGGGUGGCACCUGACCGCAUAAUCUUCGCGAACCCAGCCAAGAUGGCGUCCCACAUCCGGCACGCCAGCGCCGUCGGCGUCGACACCAUGACCUUCGACUCGGAGCCCGAGCUGAUGAAGAUCAAGCAGUACAUGCCGCACGCGCAGCUGGUGCUGCGUAUCCGCUGCGACGCGGCCGCGGCGCAGUGCCCGCUGGGCAUCAAGUUCGGCUGCGACCCCGGCACCGACGCCCCGCGCCUGCUCAAACUGGCCGCAGUACUCGGACUCGAGGUGAUCGGCAUUUCGUUCCACGUGGGGUCUGGGUGCGGCGAGACGGCGGUGUACGCUCGCGCCAUACAGUACUGCCGCGCGCUGUUCACGCUGGCCGGUACACUCGGCCACCAGCGCAUGCGGCUCGUCGACAUCGGCGGCGGCUUCCCUGGCGGCUCGGACUCUAGCAUCAAGGAGGUGUCACUGGUGAUCAACGAAGCCCUGGAGGCCCACUUCCCGGACCGCGGCGUGCGCGUCAUCGCCGAGCCGGGCCGGUACUUCGCGGCCGCCGCCUACUCGCUCGCCGUCAUGAUCCACGCCAAGCGAGAGAUCGUGACGAAAGACGCCAGCGGCGAGGAUGAGACGCACACCAUGUACUUCAUGAACGAUGGCGUAUACGGCUCGUUCAACUGCGUGCUGUACGACCACCAGCAGGUCGAGGCCACCACGCUCUAUCCGCACACGGAGAAGCCGCUGCCCUGCUCGAUCUGGGGCCCGACCUGCGACAGCCUGGACUGCGUGCUGCCCUCCACCCGCCUCCCCCCCCUGCCUGUUGGAUCCUGGCUGCUGUUCCGCGACAUGGGCGCCUACACCAUGCCCGUGGCCUCGCCCUUCAACGGGUUCCCGCUGCCCAAAGUGAGGACUCUAGUGGACCAUCGUCUGUGGUCGGUGCUGAAAGGGCUGUGGCCUCUGGCGGAGUCGCAGUUCGAGCCCAACCUGGGCCGCGUGCCCGCGCCGCAGACGCCGCCGCCGUCGCCGCCCGAGGAGCGUCGCGUCUUCGUCGAGUGCGCGCUCAAGUGAACCCCCCUCCUCGCCCCCACACCCCACCAGCGGUGCGGAGCGAGCGGGGCGUGCCACACUUCACAGUUUAGAGUGAAUAAGCUUGUGUUCCGGUUUCUCAUUUUAAAUUCCACGUACUUUACUGAUGAGGCAAUCGUGUAUGUAUCUUAUGUCGCCUUUAUAAGUCUCUAUAUCGAUAUCAUUUAUGUCUGGGCGUCGAAGGAUAAGCGAUAAUAUAAGAUAAUAGAAGAGACAUUCUCAAAAACGUUUGUACAUUUCGAUCACAUUUUAAAGGACCAUGGGCAACUUUGUAUGGAGCCUUGCCCCAAAACUUACUUAAUUACUUGGACCCUAUUGCCUAGGUAAUAAGGCUGAGGACAUUUUGACUAAAAUACCAGUAUCUCAGUUCGCAAUGGAAUUCCGUUUGGUGCCCAUAGAACGAAAUGAAAUAAUAACAGAAAGAAAUACCUAUCUGAUGACCUAACUCUCAACUCUGUUGGUUUUGGGACAAUUUUGACGCAUAGUCCUUUCUACACGGUGUAACAUGAGGAAACCGAAUAAUUUUAACCAUGCAUUUCUGAGGUCAAAAGAAGUAAAAAAUGUAAUAUGAGUUUAGGUCAAUUUCGCCAAAAAAGAAUUUCUUUUUGUUUUGUUUUUUCAAUUUUUUGAAUGUAUUUGUACAUAAAAAUAAAUGUUAUUGGUAAACUUGUCACUUGAUUAUUACAUUUUUUUUGGAAAACCUACUUUUUGCAAAGUGUUACUUGUCACUUUUUGACAUCUAUCAAUAAGGAUAUUUAGACUACGUCCCAUAGCAGCAACAUUACCAUCAAAAAGACCUUUUACACUAUGUAACAAUAAAAACUUGUUUUUUUUUUAGAUUAAUAAUAUCUCUGAAACUAGGCGAAUUUUAAAAAAGUUUAUAGGACUAUUUUGUCUCUUAAUAUGAUCAGGAAUACGCUGUUAAAAUUAUUCGGUUUACUCAUGUUACACCGUGUAUAAAAAUUGGUAUGCUGGUAAAGUACAUGAUGCUGAACAACUUCCACCAUAUUUCCAAAGUCCCAGAAAGUUUAAGAAACAUUCCGUUUUUGUUACCAGAUUUCCUUACACUUUGUGUCUCGGAUCAAGAAGUUUGGGAACCCCUGCAACUGCAAGUUUAUUCACUCUACACAUAUGAAUUUUUAAUUUCAUUCAAAUUAUUUUUUACCGGUUCCUUUGGGGUAUUCACUUAUUUAAUAUUAUAUUUUAAGUCACGCAUUUUAUAAAUUUUUAUGUCACGUAAAACCCCGUGUUACGUUUGCGUGUUUAUUAGGUAUUUAUUUUAUGGAAUUCAUUUGUUAAAUUUUAAAAUUGUUUUUGUCAAUAAUACGUUGUAUGUUAAAUGAAAUAAUUAUAUCAAGAUGAAUUCACAAUUUAUAUGUUUGAUAAUUAUAAUUAACACGCAAAGUUAAAAAAAAAACAUAUGUUACACUAUGUAAGCGCUUUCUGAAAGUAGAUUCAUAUGUUAAACUAUCUUGUCCAAUAUAUUAGUUAGUUGGAAUAAGGCGUUAAAAUCCAGUAAUAUUUGGAUAUGAAAAUCAAUUUUGAUGAAAUAAUCGAAACUUAAUAUUCUUAAAAAUGUAAAAUUUAUUAUUCCAUCUAAUUAAGCUAAUAUUAAUAUAUCCCCAUUGGCAAUCAUUGUAAUAAAUGAUAAUAUUGAUGUACCCAUGUAGCUGUAGGUUCGCGCUUGACCCAUCCUCACUCUAAUCGUCACCCACAUAAUAUUAAUACUUUAUAUCACAAUUUUUUUAUUGAUUUUACUGCCGAAUUGUAUUUAAAGCUUUUGAAUUUUUUGUACGUAGACUUAGACAUUCCUUUAUAUCAAAUUUGUUUUUAAAAGUAAUAGUUUCGUAGUGUUGGUAGUGCCGUGUCCUGUAACCACGAUGUUUCGCAAUUAAUGUUUUAUCUCAAUAUAUGUUGCAAUUGGAAAA